CGCCGCUUUUUCUUUCUUCUGCGCUUUUUUGAAUUUUUGUAUUUAUUUUGGACUUUUUCUACACAAAUUCCACAAAUUAAUUAAGAAGAAUGUUUUCUCUACGUAGUCAGGUGUUCCGUGGAUGCCUUGCCAGGAACGCUCCCGGAUUCCGUUUCUUCGCUGAUAAAAAGCCAGAAACUUUUGAGAAAACUGUGAAUAAUGUUACCCUUCUGGGACGUGUUGGUGUUGAACCACAAAUUAGAGGGACUGAGGAACAUCCCGUGGUUACUUUCUCUCUGGCCACACAUGAAAAUUACAAAUAUGAAUCCGGGGAUUGGUCCCAAAAGACAGAUUGGCAUCGAAUUGUCGUCUUCAAGCCCAACUUGAGGGAGUCUGUGAUGAAUUACCUCCGUCGUGGGCAGAGAACUAUGGUUCAGGGAAGAAUCAGCUAUGGAGAGAUUACAGAUCAGGAAGGUAAGCAGCGUGUAAGUACCAGCAUCAUUGCAGACGACGUUAUCUUUAUCAAUACCUCCGGAAAGUAGAAGUUAGUCUCUGAUCCUCACGGAGAAAUUACAUUUAAUGUUAAAUAAAGUAUACAAAAAUGUAAUACUUCUGGGAUUAUGAUUAAAAAUAUAUUUUAUUUAA